AGCUAGCGCUCCCGGGCGCAAGGAGAUGCAAGAGGGUGCCUGCCGCCGGCACCAUGCACCCCGGGCCCGUGCCUGCCCUGGCCGCGCUCUGCCUGCUGGCGCUGCCUGUCGCCGCCGCCGCCUACUUCGGCCUGACUGGGCGGGAGGUCCUGACACCCUUCCCAGGGCAGGGCACAUUGAUGGCCCCUGCACAGGGUGGGGCCCACCUGAAGCAGUGUGACCUGCUGAAGCUGUCCCGCCGCCAGAAGCAACUUUGUCGCAGGGAGCCCGGCCUGGCUGAGACCCUGCAGGAUGCGGCACACCUCAGCCUGCUCGAGUGCCAGUUCCAGUUUCAGCAUGAGCGCUGGAACUGCAGCCUAGAGGGGAGGACUGGCCUGCUCAAGAGAGGUUUCAAGGAGACAGCCUUUCUGUAUGCUGUCUCCUCAGCUGCCCUCACCCACACCCUAGCCCGAGCCUGUAGUGCCGGCCGCAUGGAACGCUGCACCUGCGAUGACUCUCCAGGCCUGCAGAGCCGGCAGGCCUGGCAAUGGGGAGUGUGUGGUGAUAACCUCAAGUACAGCACCAAGUUCCUGAGCAAUUUCCUGGGGCCCAAGAGAGGCAGCAAGGACCUGCGGGCACGGGCAGAUGCCCACAACACCCAUGUGGGCAUCAAGGCUGUGAAGAGUGGCCUCAGGACCACGUGCAAGUGCCAUGGUGUGUCAGGCUCCUGCGCUGUUCGCACUUGCUGGAAACAGCUCUCUCAGUUCCGUGAGACUGGGCAGGUGCUGAAGCUACGCUACAACUCAGCUGUCAAGGUGUCUAGUGCCACCAAUGAGGCCUUGGGCCGCCUGGAACUGUGGGCACCUGUUAGGCCAGGAAUCCCUGCCAAGGGCCUGGCUCCAAGACCAGGGGACCUAGUCUACAUGGAGGACUCACCCAGCUUCUGUCGGCCCAGCAAGUACUCCCCUGGCACAGCGGGAAGGGUGUGUUCCCGGGAGGCCAGCUGCAGCAGCCUGUGCUGUGGACGUGGAUAUGACACUCAGAGCCGCCUGGUGGCCUUCUCUUGCCACUGCCAGGUGCAGUGGUGCUGUUACGUGGAGUGCCAGCAGUGUGUGCAGGAGGAGCUCGUGUACACCUGCAAACACUAGGCUGCUCCUCACUGUGCCAGCUGGGCACCACCAAGACCUUCCUCAGUCAUUUGAAGGCCACCCAACUGUCCAGCUGACCCCUUUGGACAGGCACACACAGUCUGCAUGCACUUACCCAUGUACACACUAGUGCACAUGCACCCCACACUCCACCGAGCCUCAUAGCCUUUCCCUUUCUAAAGUCUCAGCAGAGAGAGAUGCAGGCCACAUCCCUGAACCUAAGUGUCUCUAGCCUUGUUGAGGACUUGGAGCAGGAGAGCAAAGUGGGAAAGGAUAUGGAGGACAAAGAGGGAGGCCAAGAGAUGCACAGGACCAAGGUUUUGGAGGGGGGAAUGAAGGGACAUCCCAGUAGCUCCACUCCUGGAUGAGUGACUUUAGACCCUCUAGUGAGCUUGCAGGCCAAAAAGGCAGCAGGAGGCAGUGUAAACUGGAGGCAGGGGCUUGAAUCUCUCUGGAUUAUGUCAGCCAGCCCUCCGGUCCUGCCCAGGGCACAGGGAGCCAAGGGGUCAUACACCUGUACUUCUCCUGAGGGCUAACUAUGCCAAUGUAGGGGAAGGGCUAGCUUAUGUAAGCUAUUGAAGAAAGGAAAGCUUCCUGCCUUGACCUAUCUAAGUCACAGCCCUGGAGCCUGGUACCUUUGACCUAGCUUUUCAAAUGUCCCUUCAGGGAAACCCCCAUUCUUAUCUUGAGAGAAGAUAGACCCACAUCUAUCCAGCCCUACUCAGUGAAACACAGUGCAGGCAAGAUAGGGAGGAGGGCCAGCACCAAGAAGGUGUUCAGAGGUAUUCAGGGCUGCACAGGAAGAUGGUGUACAGAGCCUUUAAACUUGGCCCAGAACAGGGUGAUAAGGCCCUGUGUUGGGGCACACAGAGGCAUAGUGAUCUCAGUUUCUCAGUCUCCCCUGAACUUGCUUUGGCCAGUUCUGCUGGGCUAGACUCUCUCUCCUGUACUGUGAGGCUCUCACAUAGCAGGUAUUUAUGAGCCAGGAGUGUUGGGUUUGCCUAUGAUUUCAGUUCCAUUUCUAUUCUUAAUGUUCAUUUAUCUGAUUACGACUUUAAGCUAGAGACAGAGGUACAGGAAAGCCAUUGCUAAGUCUGGUCCCUUGGGGGUCCCUCAUUCCUUCAUUUUUGUAUGACCCUU